GCCCCGCCCCCGUGACGUCACUUCCAGCGGGCGGUGCCGGGCCCGGUGCCGCCGGUACGGGCCGGGGGUGGAGGCGGCGGAGGGAGGUCCCGGUGCCGGUUCUGGUCACCGUCCCGGUUCCGAUCCCAGUCCCGGCGCGCCAUGGUGGUGCUGCGGGGCGGCGCGGGCCCGGAGGAGCCGUUCCCGAGGAUCGAGGACUGCCUGCCCCUGCUGGAGGAGUCCCCGUCCAAGCGGUUCUCGCCGUCCAAGAGGAAGCAGUAUUACAUCAACAAAGCCAUCCGCAACUCCGACCUCAUCCCGAGGGCCAAGGGCCGCAAGAGCCUCCAGAGGCUGGAGAACACUCGCUUCCUGAUGACCCUGCUGGAGCAGGAUGACUGCGGGAGCGACGAGGGAGAGCUCAGCCACUCGGCCACCCCCAGCAUCUUCACCGAGGCGUGUAACAACGAGACCUACGUGGAGAUCUGGAACGACUUCAUGAACCGGUCGGGAGAAGAGCAGGAGCGGGUCCUGCUCUACCUGGAGGAGGAGGCCAGGAAGAAGCAGAGGAGGAAGCUGCCUGUCAAGGAUGAGAAGUGGAAAGAGCUGCCUGCCUACACGCCCCAGGAGUGCUUCCAGCGCAUCAGCCGCCGCCUGCGUGCCACCCUGAAGAGGGGCAGGAUCCCCAUGGGGACGCUGGAGGGGCUGGAGGAGGAGCUGCUGGCCUUCUUCUCUGUCACCCCACACUCUGUCUACACAGCACUGAUGGAUAACAGCUUCGAGCGGCUCCUGCUCCACGCGCUCUGCCAGUACAUGGAUCUCGUCUCUGCCAGUUCGGACAUCGAAGGGAAACGUCAGAUGAAAGUGAGCAACAAACACCGCGUGUUCCUGCCCCCGGAGCUGCUGCUCUCAGACUACCUGGGGCAGAUGAGCUGAUGCCCCCACAGCUGCCCUGCCCCUCCUGUGUCCUCUGCAGCCUCUCCCGGAGCCUCGGCGGGGCAGAGCCGGGGGUUUGUGGCUGUGCCCUGGCCCCGCGCAUCCCUCCUGGAACUGUUGGUGUGUCUAUUUAUAUAACCCAGGUGUUUUUAAAAAAGAAUCAGGCAGGGCCAAGCCUCCCUCUGGCGCUGACGCUCGUGGGGUGAUUUCGGCCCAGAUUUUUCUGCGGUGAAACAGCUCCCGGCGGCUGCUGAGCAAUCGCUGAGCCGGCGGAAGAGCCCCGGGGCUGCCGCGUUCCCGCAGCCCCGUGCCCACCGGGUGUCCCGGGGGGGCUCGGGGGCUCCGGAUGCUUUUACCCCACGCCCUGUGCCCUGCCCGGCCCACGGGGCUGUUUUUUAAAGUGUAAUAUAGCUUGUGUGUUUUUUAUCACGUGUGUGUAUAUUUACAUGUGUGUGUGUGUGUGUGUGUGCGCGUGUUGGAGGGGUGCAGCCCCUUUCGGGGCUCUCUCUGCCAUGGGGGCAGACGGGGGCAUUUUGGGGGUCUCUCUAUGUGCCACCCGGCUUCGUGGCAUGUGCCAAGGUUUGCUCGGGGCUGGGCGUGCCCUGGGGAUCUUUGCUGGCUGCUCUGCCCCACCGUGAUGACGCCGACUGCCAUUAACCGUGGGCACCCCCAGAGCCGGGGCAGCCCCUCGUGGGUACCCCCAGAGCCGGGGCAGCCCCUCCUGGGUACCCCAAAAGCCAGGGGCGCCCCUCGCUCCUCCUUGGCUGGUGUGGCGUUCAGAAACAAUAAAAUCGGUGCUCCCCUA